UGUUGAGUUGUAUCAAACAGAGAGAGGUGAAGGGUGAUAUACAUUUUAUCUACUUGUUUUGAGCAUUUUAACCUACCAUAGGUUUUUAUUGUUUUCUUUUAGCUUGUAAAUAGUUUUGGACGUUCUUAGUGUGUUUGCAAUAAAUAGUUGUAUCUGUUCAUUAUCGAUAAACCUUGCACAUUUGCACUAAAUCCCACUGUUUCUGCCUGCCUUCCUGCUGGAACAUCACAAGCCGUGGGUCGCAACUAUCACAGACCAUGGCUCUGACAUCGUGGUUCAGGUGGAACGAGCCCUACUACAGGCACACUCAGAGGAGCCCUGUGGACAUGGUAACCGAGAUGCUGAUGCUGGAGCUCAGCUGGCAGAUCAAACAGGCUGAGAAGCUGCAGCGGGAGCGAGACAACGAGUACCGCAGGAUCAAAACCGGAGUCGAUUACAGCUGGCUGGUCAGCUAUCCCAAGAACAGUUAUGACAUCCCACCAGGGGAGAGACUGGAGCUGGAGAAUGCCUGUGCCAAAAUACACCCCUCUUACUGUGGCCCAGUGAUACUAAGGUUCCGGCAGCUUGUGACAGAGUAUGAGCCUGAAGUCCAGGAGGUGUCACAGCUCUUCCGCACUGUUCUUCAGGAUUCUAUGGAAAAGCUGAAGGAAGAAGAAGAGGCUAAGAGGCUGGCCAGGCAGUGGAACAGUAAGCGGUCAAUGAGCCUGUCCUUAAUGACCGUCAAACCCAGAGUGAGGAUAUACCCUUUCAGCAGUGACAUCAUCAAGACAGUUUCUGAGGAUGUGGAGAGGGGCACAAGUGAGCCGAACAAGAGAGUAUGGAGCAUGCCGGAAUUUAGGCACUCAAAGGGGUUUUGAUGGGCAUAGCCAUAUCUGCUUUAUGGCAUGUUUGAUAGCCCUUUAAAAUCCCUUUGCCUACCUCUGUAGCUUUAGUACUUUGUCCAGUACCUUAAAUUAUAUUUGAUAUAUUUUGUCUAUGAGCAACUUCUUAAGAACCACGGUGUUAAAUGGGGACUAAAUGCAUAGUGGUUAGACUAGGAAAUUAGUAAAAACAUUGAUUGGUUUGAUCUGUGCUUUUGCUGUUUAUUGACAGUGAUUUACAAUGGUCUUUAAAUGUUUAACCCGUUAUUUGUAAUUUACCUUGCUUGUCUUUACAUUCCACUAUGCUAUGUUUUGUCAUGUAAUACUGCAGUGAACUAUGAUGUGUGAAAACCUUACGAAAGCUAAUGAGAGACUUUUUUAAAACAUAUUUUAAAAGGGCUAGAAAGUGACUUUAAGAAGUGGUCUUUUUUUUUUUUGCUGUAUAUAUCAACCUCGGAGUGAACAGAGCUCAGUCCUAAAUCAGGUAAAACAUACUUAUCCAAAGAUAACAAUAGGGCUUUGUAAACCUAUUUAAUAAUGUGUUAUACAUUUAUGUAUUUGUAAUCUGAUAGAUAAGGAAUGUAGUUAAUAGAUACUGGUUUGUGAAUUAGGUACACAUUAGUGACAAGUGGAUAACAAUACCUUGCUUUAUAAGAAGACAAAGUAAGGCACAUAUGGUUUCAAUGUGAUCAAUUGAUUUAUGUAAAUACGACAAAGAUCCUACAUUUCUUCUACAGUAGGUCCUUAAUAUCUCAGCGUCAGACAUUUUACAAUUUUGUAUUUAAACAUGAAGUACACUUGUUAUUUUGCUUGGUUAAAGAUGCUUAUGGUUAAAAAAUGAGAGCUGUAUUCAUAAAAGGUGUUUACCAGGUGACUUUAUACAUGGCUACGAGUAAACAUGCUUGCAAAUUGGAGUUAAACGUGUCCGGCUAAAAGGGCUUUUAACGAAACUUUAACCAGCAUUAAAAAAAUGAUUUAAACAUCCUUUUAACUGAAUGCGUAAAUGUAAAUUGCAGAUACAAGUGGCUAGGCUUGCAGUCAAGUGUAAUCAAUUGCACUGCACACUGGUGGUUUAGCCAAUGGUGUAAACGGUUUUGCAGAAAUGCAACUUAAAUGUAAAAGCAAUGUUGAAUGGAAAUGUAAAGGGGCUAUCCUGUUCCAUUCAGCACAUUUUACAUUUCCGAUCAAGAUAAUAUAUUUUAAUACUGUACUGUAGCAGGUAAUAAGCAGGAUAAUGUAAACAAUGGUUAUCAAAUUCAAUUAUGUGAUCCUGGGGACUUAAAAGGGUUUUGAAAUGGGUGCGUUUGCACUUCAUUGCCGCUGAUAAAAGGUUAGUAUACUAUUAAAUUGUCAAAAAACCCAAACAACAAAAAUCUAAAAAACAAUAUUAUAAUAGUACAUUUGAAGUGAUUAUUUAAAAUGUACAACAGACUUAAGCAUGUGCAGAUAUAAAUAUGCUUUAUGAAUAUGCAAUUAAAAAUAACCACAAAAUUUAAGAUCAAAAUGCUUUAUGAAUAUGGCUGAGUCUGGAAAAGUGGGGGUUAUUGAAAACAUUUGAGAUUUAAACAUUGCUAAAUGUAUGUACUUCUAGACAAAACAUGUUUGCCCUUUUUUUGAUAAACAAUGAGAAUCCUGGUUCACUUCAGUCUUAGCUUUCUUGGGACUUUGGUAAAAAUGUAAACCUGUCUGUAAUAAACAUGAUGUUACAGUAACAUGCAUAUGAUGUACGUUUAAUUACAAUUUAAAUUAUUUAUUUAUUUGCUGUAAUUUUUUCCCCAAAUCUCCAUCAAAAUUGCCAAAAACACAGAUCGACAAAGCUUCCAUGACCUCUAUAACUUAAAACCUGAAAAUUCAUUUUCAUUGAGCUGCACUGGUAUUGAUGGCUCACUGUGGAGUACUGGAAGGAUAGAUAUUAUAGAAGAAACAAAUGUAAUUAGCAUAAAAAAUGCUGAACAAAUGGAUGGCAUCAUAAUGAUAAACAGUAAACCCUAAUUAACCAUGCGCAAGAAAGAAAACCAUGGACCUCUCAGAACUACAUUUCCCAUCAUCCUCCUGCUCACUGGUAAAUCCAUCUAAGUUAUAUAUGCGAGGGGGUUGAUGGGAAAUGUAGUUCUGAGAGGUCCAUGCUGGUACAUGGACGCUAUCUUGAGGCUGGGAAUGCAAUUUAGAAGAUUAAAAAAAGUUGUCAAAAUGUUAAAAAAAAAAUAAUUAAACAACACACACCUUAUGGAAACAGUAGCAACACAUGGGAACAUGUAACACAAUAAAAUAAAAAGGUCCUUAUGUCGCCUUUAAGUCAUUAGGUUAGCGAGACUACAGUAAAAACUAUAAAGAACAAAUAUACGACCCAACCAUCAAAAGGUUUUGCAGCUAUACAUCACAGAAUGUUAACAAUAUAAAGAAAACUCUCGAUUCCGUCAUUUUAAUAGUUUCCAUUUAUUUUAAUACAAAACUUGCAUCCACUUUUACAACAAAGGAAAUUAAUAUCAAAACACUUUCUAUUAACUUGGCGAUAAUUAACAAGAAUACGCUAAUGAUCUGUUUAAGGUUAAGAUGGGUAAUACAAUAACAUCAUGGCAAGUGUUCUCUGCGUGUCACAGUGCAUCACUGGACUUUGUUGUUUUCACCUGUGUUCAUCACACACCUGUUUCUGCUGCCUCUGAUUAAGAAUUGCUACGGAUUCAUCUUCCCUGCCGGUGUGAAUGCCAGCAUGUGCAUUAAUCUUUUAAAAACAUCAGGAAAGGCCACUGGCUGUUCUGGGGUGCUUCUGUGUUGUUAUUUUAUUAGUUAGUUGUGUGUUUUAAAUGUUUGUAAUUCUUCAUUUGCUUUAUGUCUGCCCUGUCUCUCCAUAUCCUUAUUUUCCUUUUUCCUUCUUAUACUAUCAAGAUGGCUGUCACUGUAGCAAUGUGCGCAUGUGAAUGUUAGUUUAAUUUAAGUUAAUGCUAUUUAAAAAAAAAAAAAAAGAAAAAGUAUAUAAUAAUUGGAAGAAGAUUUAUUUUAUUUGAUCUAAAUAUGUGUAUUUUUUGUAUAGUAUAUAGUCAUUAUAGAAUUGUUGAGGUAUGGAUGCUUCUGAUCCCAGAUUGGGUGUGUGCUGAGAUUGUCUUUUGGAGUGAUGUUGUUUUUGGGGAUGUGCGGCUGCUGCUUUCUUGGGUUAUUUAUCUGAUGCUCGAUCAUAUUCCCCUUCUGUAAAUGUUACUUUAUUUGUAUUUUUUUGGGGGGUUUUUGUGUUUGUCCAGGGACUGUCAAUGAAAAUUAGCUCAUAGCUAACUCUGGGUGCAAUGCCUCUGAUGACAUGUCAUAAAUGUUAAAAAUUGUAUAUUGUCCCUGUCAAAUAAAUGCAUAAACAUACAAAAUAACUGGGUAAUAUUAAAUAACAAUCAUAACUACUGCCUCAUUAACUGAAACAAUGUUUUGCAGAGCAAGUCUCUUUGUUAUGGAACUCGUAUUAUUUAUUUAUUUACAUUUUAAAUGUACUGAACUUUCACUCUUCUCAACAUCAUUUCUUUUUAGCCAGCAGGUUGUCUUGUUUAGGAACAAUCAGGUUGACCUCUUACUGAACAUGCAAUAUAGUAAGUGGAAUGGGAACCAGUCUGAGAUACUAUAGUGUUCCAUGCCAACGUCAAGAUUAAAAAAAAAAAAAAAAAGACUGGAUUUAACAUAAGACUGGAUAAAACU